CUGUCUUGGGAGACGCAGCUGAGCGAGCGAGCAGGACAGGAGGACGCCGGCCGAGGAGAGAGAUGGAGGUGGCGGGGGCUCAGGCCCGCGCGGUUCCCCUCCUGCUCCGCCAUCCCUCCUCCCUGCGGACCUCCGUCUCCGUCUCCUGCGCCGGCUCCCGCCGGAGCUGGGUGGCGGCGGCCACGGCGGAGGGGGACGACACCCGCGGCUACGACAAGGUGCCAAUGGACACCCCUGGAGCGUACCGCCUGGUGGACCGGGCCACCGGCCGCAGCGUCAUCGUGUGGGGCGGCACCGACGACGGCGACGAGGCCGCCAUGCCGUCCCCAGCGGUGCUCUCCAGGACCACCGACCGCCCCAGCAGAGGUAGUGCGGGAGGUACAGGUAUAGGGAAUUUUGGCAGGUUGAAGGCACAGAAAAUAAAAUCCUUGGUUGCAAGAUCAGCUUACCUCAAGAGAGGGAGUUCUAAUCGCACAAGUGCUAACCGGUUUGAUGAACCCUCUUUCAGUGAUUCCGAUCAAGAGGAAAGCUAUUUUGAAAGAAGAAAGCCUGUCUCGGACUCAGAACGCCGUGCAAAGCAGAUCAGUAGCUCCAGAAAUGAAAGGGCUCGAGGUGCACAUUCUCUGAAUUCUGUUUUAAGCCAAUACAGAGGUGAAGAUUCGGACUCCACGGGUUCAGAGGCUACUUCUGGUUCCAAAGGAUGGGGUAACAUUGCCGAUGUUACUUAUGGACGACAGAAUCGAAAGAAAAGGGAGCCUCUAGAUUUCCCUCAAAGAAAAGGGCCUUUGGACAGUGGAUUUUUCAGUCGCAGAUCCUUUAAGGAGAUUGGCUGCAGCGAUGAAAUUAUAGGUGCAUUGAGAAAUUUUGAUUUCCCUCGUCCAUCACAUAUUCAGGCUCUGGCCUAUGGUCCUAUCUUGGAGGGGAGGAGUUGUGUCAUUGCUGAUCAAAGUGGGUCUGGCAAGACACUGGCAUAUCUUUGCCCUAUAGUACAAAAUUUAAGGAAGGAAGAAGUUCAGGGGCUCCAUAAAUCAUCCCCUAGGAACCCCAGGGUGAUAGUAUUGACCCCUACUGCUGAACUUGCUUCUCAAGUCCUUAACAAUUGCCGCUUGAUAUCAAAAUCUGGGGUUCCAUUUAGGUCUAUGGUAGCAACCGGAGGAUUUCGACAGAAGACACAGCUAGAAAGCCUUGAGCAAGAGCUUGAUGUACUUAUAGCAACACCUGGACGAUUCUUGUAUCUGAUGCAGGAAGGCUUUGUGCAACUAGCUAACCUCAGAUGUGUUGUGUUGGAUGAAGUGGACAUUUUAUUUGGUGAAGAAGGUUUUGAGCAAGUGCUUCAUCAAUUGAUUACCAUUGCACCAGUGACAACACAAUAUCUUUUUGUGACUGCCACUCUUCCUCUCGAUAUCUAUAACAAGGUUGUUGAAACAUUUCCUGACUGUGAGGUUAUCAUGGGACCUGGUGUGCACCGAACAAGCUCUCGCCUUGAAGAGAUUCUUGUGGACUGCAGUGGAGAUGACAAUGAAGAAAGGAAUCCAGAAACAGCCUUUUCGAACAAGAAAUCGGCACUUGUAAAGAUAGUCGAGGAAUCUCCUGUUCGUAAAACAAUUAUUUUCUGCAACAAGAUUGAGACAUGCAGAAAGGUUGAGAAUGUGUUGAGGAGGCUUGACAGGAAAGCUUCGCAAAUCAAGGUUCUUCCAUUCCAUGCUGCAUUGGAUCAGGCCCAGCGCAUCGCAAACAUCAAAGAGUUCCUGAAAAAACAAACGGCAGACUCCAUGUUCCUUGUGUGCACAGAUAGGGCGUCGCGAGGCAUCGACUUUACGAACGUGGACCAUGUGGUGCUCUUCGACUACCCCCGCGACCCGAGCGAGUACAUGCGCCGUGUUGGGCGGACAGCCCGCGGCGCGUCCGGCAAUGGCAAGGCGUUCGUGUUCGCGGUGGGCAAGCAGGUGUCCCUGGCCAGGAGGGUGAUGGAGAGGAACAUGAAGGGGCACCCCCUGCACGACGUGCCCUGCGUCUAGAGGUGUCUCAACAGCCUGAAUCAUUGAAUCCUUACGCCUGAACAUGAUGUUUAGCCCCUAGAAAUCACAAUCGUUUGUGAUGUUACAUAUCUCAGCACAUGAACAGGUAUCUAGUAUUUUAGAACAAGUUUUGAUGUAUGCAAUUGCAGCCGUUUUUUAAUAACAUUCAGAUGUCUCA